CCCUCCACCUCCUUUCUCUAUCGCCAUUGUUCCUGCUCUUUCCUCCGCUUAAACACUCUCUCUUUCUGUCUCUCUCCUAAAUGAUGCGUGUCGGGUUUGCUUUCUGUUAACAGUAGCACGACGAAGUGUUUAUAUAUAUAUUCACACAUCAACCACCACACACACUCUCUCUCUCAUUCACGCCACCAACACUUUCUUCCCUAAACGAAUUGCUUUCCCCUCUUCUGUUAUCAAAUCCAUUUGGGUACAUUCCAAUUUCAUCUAACUUCAAGGUUAUGUUCUUCUGCUGAACAAACACUCUCAAUUGAUCAUCUUCUUGUGAUCAUAUCAUGUAAGCUCAUCAGUACUCGCUAAUUUCUCAUAAAGAUCGAUAAUUUCUCGUUUUCAGCAAAUGGGUAUUCGUUAGUCUUUCUUUUCUUUAGCUUCCAGCUUUUCUUUAACUUAUCUUGAACUUUGAUUCCUUUCUCAACGUUCAUAAUAUGUAAUUAUUCUUGUAAUUUCACUGCACACCAACUGUUCGAUGAAAUGCCUUUGCUUUUUUGCUAAUUAAACAAGGGUUAUGAGGUGAUGGAUCUGCUUUUUGAUCAAGUCAACCGUUAGUUGAGGGGUCUUAAUAGAUGGAGAGUACUUUGAUAUCUCGUUAAUCUAUCGAUUUCCAAUGAAUUCAAUUCGUUAGUUUGAACAUUUGGUUAUGGAGUUUACAAAAGGAUAGGUUCUUCUGGUUCCAAUUCAAUGAUUCAUUACUUGAUUCUUUGAUUAUUUUUUUAAAAUAUAUACUCAUUGAUUCUUUACUAGUCUCCUGAGAUGUAAUGAUCAGCAAUUGCAGAUAUUACAACUUUCAUGAUCUCAUGGAGAUCAUUGUAUAAUAAAGAUAUAUGACACAACAUAAAUAUUUCAAUCAUCACUCAUCUAGUGAUGUAGUAAUAAAAAUCCUUGUGUUUCUGCCCAUUUCUGCACUUAUCUUCGGUAUGCACGUUUGAAUCUUUGUGUUUUUCGCCUUUUCGAUAUCGAAACCGUUUGUUGAAUAAUAAAAAAAAAAAAAUCAAAACACUCAUAUUUAUAUGGAAGAAACAUUCGUUCCGUUUCGUGGGAUCGGUAAUGAUCUCAAAGGAAGAUUACUGUGCUACAAACAAGACUGGACAGGCGGCAUCCGGGCCGGUAUCAGGAUUCUGGCUCCAACGACGUAUAUAUUCUUUGCUUCAGCGAUACCGGUUAUAUCUUUUGGGGAGCAACUAGAAAGAGAUACUGAGGGAAGUUUAACUGCAGUCCAAACUCUAGCCUCAACCGCGCUUUGUGGGAUAAUUCACUCUAUAAUCGGAGGGCAACCGCUUCUUAUAUUAGGUGUUGCUGAACCGACGGUGUUAAUGUACACUUUUAUGUUCAACUUUGCUAAGGACCAAAAGGAGUUAGGGAAACCUCUUUUCUUAGCCUGGGCUGCAUGGGUUUGUGUGUGGACGGCUUUUCUGUUGGUGUUGUUGUCUAUUUUGGGUGCUUGCUCAAUCAUCAAUAGAUUCACACGCAUAGCUGGUGAAUUAUUCGGUCUGUUAAUCGCAAUGCUCUUUAUGCAGCAAGCUAUUAAAGGAGUUGUGGAUGAGUUUGGUAUACCGAAAAGUCAAAACCCUAAUCAACCUGCUAUGCAAUCUUCAUGGCGUUUUGGAAACGGAAUGUUUGCUUUGGUUUUAUCUUUUGGUCUUCUCCUUACUUCUUUACAAAGCCGUAAAGCAAGAUCUUGGCGAUACGGAACAGGGUGGCUAAGAGGAUUUAUUGCGGAUUACGGGGUCCCACUUAUGGUGGUUGUUUGGACCGGUGUGUCAUACAUACCAACCAAAAGUGUCCCAGAAGGAAUACCGAGACGGCUUUUUAGUCCAAAUCCAUGGUCUCCUGGCGCUUAUUCAAAUUGGACCAUUGCAAAGGAUAUGCUGAACGUCCCGCUUGUUUAUAUAAUCGGAGCCGUUGUUCCAGCCACCAUGAUUGCCGUUCUUUACUAUUUUGACCACAGUGUUGCAUCUCAACUUGCACAACAAAAAGAGUUUAAUUUAAAGAAACCACCUUCAUAUCACUAUGACCUCCUUCUUUUGGGCUUUUUGACGUUACUAUGUGGGUUAAUUGGCAUUCCUCCCGCCAAUGGAGUCAUUCCGCAAUCUCCUAUGCACACAAAGAGCUUAGCCACCUUAAAACAUCAGCUGCUACGGAAUAAACUUGUAUCUACAGCUAGAAGAAGUAUCCGUGAAAACUCAAACUUGGGUGAUUUGUACCGAAACAUGCAGCAAGCAUACAACGAAAUGCAGACUCCACUCAUUUAUCAACAUCCGUCAACUCUGGGACUAAAAGAGCUAAAAGAAACAACAAUACAACAAGCUUCUAGUGGUGGUUACAUUGACGCACCUGUUGAUGAAACCGUUUUCGAUGUGAAUAAAGACGUUGAUGAUUUGUUGAACGUUGAAGUGAAAGAACAACGUUUGAGCAAUUUGUUACAAGCGUUAAUGGUUGGUGGUUGUGUUGGUGCUAUGCCUGUUCUUAAAAAGAUUCCCACUUCGGUACUUUGGGGCUAUUUUGCGUUUAUGGCGAUUGAGAGUUUGCCCGGUAAUCAAUUUUGGGAGAGAAUAUUGUUACUGUUUACGGCUCCGAGUCGAAGAUACAAGGUUCUGGAAGAAAAUCAUGCUACUUUUGUAGAAACGGUGCCUUUCAAGACGGUUGCGUUUUUCACGGUUUUUCAAACGGUUUACUUGCUUGCUUGUUUUGGCAUAACUUGGAUCCCGAUUGCUAGCGUUCUUUUCCCACUUUUAAUCAUGCUUCUUGUUCCCGCAAGACAAUAUUUGCUUCCGAAAUUUUUCAAAGGUGCUCAUCUUCAAGAUUUGGAUGCUGCGGAAUACGAAGAAGCACCUCCCUCAACCUACAAUAUUGCAUUUGGUGAGGAGGAUGUUCAUUCAAGAACAUCUCAAGUUGAUAGUGGGGAAGCUCUUGAUGGAAUUAUAACAAGAAGCCGAGGAGAGAUCCGUCAUUCUAACAGUCCAAAAGUAACAAGCUCGAGCCAAAGCCCACGAGAAAUGCAGCCUUCGUAUAGCCCACGUGUGUCGCAACGAGCUUUUAGCCCAAAUUUGCACGAUUUAAGGGUCGAUAAGAGUCCUAGAUCACCUGGAAAAGGGCUAGAAAUCAAGCGAACUCCAAGUCCUGGUCCGUCUAAUCUUGGUCAAACUAGUAAAGGUUCUUCCGCAUGAAACCUUUGCAAAUUUAACGAUGAUUAAGAGGUUUCUGUCAUGAUUGUGUGUUUAAUGUUUCUUUUGUAAUGUUUGUAAGGUGUCAACAGUUGUAUAAUUUAUGCAUGUUUUCAUUUUUAUUGUAUGUGUAUGGUAUGGGCAGAAAACAAGUAAUCAAACUUGUAAUGAAAUAAUGUUAAAUGUUUUUUUCUUUC